AUAGUUUAUUCGUUUAGACUAGGAAGCUCCGCCCCUCGCUGAAGCGCUUCAUGCUCACAAUUCCCCCGUUCCUCCACCAGUUCACCUCGCGGUGCGUUUCAAGAGCCGCGGAUCAAAGCUGCCUGCUGGGACACAUUUCCCAAGCUACCUAUCAGUGCGUCGGAUGUAGGAUGAAUAACAUAAAAAUUUGCCACUUUGUUUUUGGGACCUACAUUGUUUAGAGUUUUUGGGGAGGCGGAAGGGGUUGCCAGGCAAGUCAAGAACGGGAGAAGUCCUCAGGGUUUCAUGUGACACCAGGCUUCUGUGUACAACUACGAACCAUGUCGGAUCAUCCCAUCUCCCACCUACAUUGACAUCAACUACACGUUUCGGACAAACAUGUCGGCCUGCGGUGAGUUUUCAGAACACGUGUGGAAACCCGGCUCGUGUAAGAACUGCUUCCAUCCGCGUAGCGCCCACCGUGCCAGCGGGGGCAGCAUAGUGCCCUGUGGUGCCCUGAGGACCAGUUUGGGGGGAGAGGAGGAGGAGGGAGUGACCGUGCCUUACUCCAAACCCACCAUCGCCGUUCGCCCCACCAUGAUGCUCCCUGACUCCAGCGAGAUGCUGGCAGACCUCAACAUGAACAUAGAACAGGACAAUCUGAAGAGUCCAGUGGACCGACUGGGCCUUAAGAAGAUGUUGGGCCUGUCCCCUAUCUACAUAGACAGUAAAGGUUGUAACAAGGCCCUGAGAGAGGCCGUACUACAGAGUACUACAACCCCUGAGAAGAUAGACUACCCCUGCAGCCGUUUCUCCCCCGGUCCUAUCAGCCCCCGGUCUUCUCUGUCCACGUCAGCCCUCCAGAAGAACUCUAGUACGAUCAUCAGCAGUGUCUUAGUGACCCAGGAGGACGGACACAGCCGAGGGCCUCACAGUCUGAAGGAGAAAGGGAAUAGCAACAGUGACUCGUCCUACAGGCAACAGAUCACCAAGACUACCAAAACAACCAAGAGUACUUGCAACGGGCACGGCGUCCACAUGGUGACCACCACUAGAGGGUCUUCCACAGUCCAGGCCAUCCAGGAAGUGAAAGCACCUCUGGGUAUUGCUAUCAACAUCAUUGCCACGGUAACAACGACGGCUGGUAACGGCAUCGGUAACGGUCUUAUCACCACCACAACCGCCCCUAGUAAUGGGGGCCUUACGUCUGGGAACACCAACCAGUCCAGUACUUCUUCCGUCCCAUCCUUAACCACCCUGGGCUCAGGGGCAUCUCCGGGGCCUCUAGGGCACAACCUCCUGUCCUGUGGAGGAGGCCGAACCGGCUCCUUCCUCUCCGAGCCUGGUACUCUGUCUCUGUCAGACUCUUGCUCCUAUCGCAGCAGCACAGACUCUCUCACAGGGCCGGAUGGCUUCGGACUGGCUGGGCCAGAUAGUCCCACUCCUCAGAGCCUCUCAGCCUCGUCAGCCAGCUCUCCCUCAGACGGACAGACGCUGUCGUCAGAACCCAUCUAUGCUGAGAGCACCAAGAGGAAGAGGAGGCCUCAGAGCGCUGGAGGAGGGAACGGGAAGGUCCAGGCCCAAAAACAGCACUCCGAGCUGGAGGUGGAGCUCACAGAAGAGGGUCAGAACCAGAGGGCCAAGAUAACCGUCCGGGCUGCUCAUACUGAGGAGAACAACCGGACAUUCUAUCUGAGCAGCCCGGACUCGGCCGUCAGCACCCAGUGGCCUGACUUCAGCCCCACGGCCCUCAGCAACCCCGGAAGCCCAGCUUUCAAGUGGCCCUCCAGCUCCUCUGUAAAAGAGACAUCAUCCCCAGGUUUCCCUGCUUCCCUCCAGCCCAAACCCCAGAACAGCCCCCCUAUACCGCCCAAGAGGAACAACCGAUCGCCCAAACCGCUCCUGGGGGCCUCCAGCAUCUCCCCGGUGCCUGAGCUCAGCAUACAGACUCUGGUUUUAUCACCGUCUUCCAGGGACAUCCAGGUGCAGGUGAAGUCCCAGAUAGAGCCCAACAGCUCAGCCUCAUCUGAGGUCCGGAGGCACAAGCUCCAUACCACUCCCUGGAACUGGGAGGGCCGGAUCGAGGAGGAGGAGGAGACAGAGGAGGGCCAUGCUCAGGAGAGUGCCUCUCAGAGCAGGGUGACGGGGCUCAUCAAUAGGGCGGCUGUCUGGAGAGACGCCAGUGACUGGAGACCCACGGGGGUGACACAGGGCAGCGAGGGCCAGCAGGGCAGCACCCAGACCCUGCCAGGCACCACGGCCAACAAUAGUGCCAGUCAGAAGCAGGCAGGCUGCAGCAGCGCGGAGGAGGGCAAACAUAGCGGGAGCAUGUUGGCCAAGUCGCCUCCGUCGUCUCUCUCCAGCGCGGAGCAGCUCUCAGCAGAGGGGAAGAGUUCAAGCCAUGACCCCACUCCACCACCCCCUCCCCCUAAGAAACACCACAGGGUGACUGGUAAGAUGAGCCAGAGCAGUAUGGAGCUGGACCACUGCAGCCAGCAGGGCUCUGUCGAGAGCCUGACCCACAGUCUCCGUGGCCUGGGGAGCAGCAGCCUGCCUACAGCCUCCACCGACAGCUUGCCUGGAGACUCCAACAGAGCCCUCUCUGAUUCUGGUUCCCAUGAUGCCCCUCGUCUGUCGUGCACCUCGCCAUUUCCCAGAAGCCCGAUGGCCUCAUCCCCAGGGUCUCCUCACAUUGACCCGUUCUCUAGCAACACCCUGUCCAACCAGCUGCAGCCACCGCCCCUACCUGAAAAGAAAAUGGUGAAUCGAGCCUUAUCCGCCCCUGACAACAUGGCCGGGAAACCCUUAGUCCGGGCAUACCCCUGCUUCCCCUUCACCGGUGGCUCUGAGAGCAACGUAUCCUGUCCUGACGUCCCAUCCCUGUCCAGUCUUCCAUCCUCCCCCAUGGACCCUCGGGCCAUUUAUUCCUCCUCUGAGUCCUUAGAGCGCUGUCACACCCCUCUGGGACAACCCCUGCGCUCCCGGACCCUGGACGAACCUCUGAAAGUUCGGGGCCGACUAGGGGGUCACAGCCGAGGCAGCAUCACCUCCUCCUCCUCCCCCCAGCUCAGCGCCCCCCACCUCUCGGCCUCUGGACCCACCCAGGGCUCCGGCCUGCAGCUGCAGACCCUGCUCAGUAACAUAGACAGUAGAGAGGGGAUCUACUCCAAGCUGGGAGGCCUAUAUGCUGAAUCGCUGCGCCGCCUGGCUCUGAAGUGUGAGGACCACUUCACCCGCAGCCAGAAGAACCCGCUGAGGUUUGAUGAGAGCAACUGGUCCCUGUUCAAAUUGACCUGUAACAAGGCCAGCUGUAAUGCAGGAGACGGUGUCUACUACUCUGCUGCCUGCGCCUCAGACCCAUCCAACUCCUACGCAGUGAAGAUCUGUAAAAGCCAGACCUCAGAAGCCAAGCAGGGUCACCUCUACAGCCUGUCCGUCCAGCAGACCGUCCCCCCCCACUUCAACCUCCAGCAGGACUGUGGCCACUUCAUAGCCUGCGUGCCCCGGAGCAUGCUCCCCGCUGAUGAGGCCUCGCUGCCCCCCAGUCCCAACCCCACACAGGGGGACAAGGAGCGUGUGGUGGUUAUCACCCGGGAGGUGCCACAGCAGACUACGGCAGACUUUGUCAAGGAGUGGGCGUCCGUUCACCAGGCCCAGCCAGAGGUGUACGAGCGGUGGGUCUGCUUCCUCCUGCUGCAGCUGUGCAAUGGUCUGGACCAUCUAAAGGAGCAUGGGGUGACACAUCGAGACCUUUGUCUGGAGAACCUCCUCCUGGUCCCACACCGCCGCCCCCCGCAGGCCAACCCCAACGCCCCACACGACCAGAAGCACCUCCCCCGCCUGGUCAUCUCCAGCUUCGCCAAGGCCAAGCAGCGGAACACUGAGGACUCUGCCCACAAUGACCCCCGCCUCAAACGCAACCACGCCCGCCUGGCCCCGGAGAUCGUCUCGGCCGCCCAGUACCGGAAAUUCGAUGAGUUCCAAACCGGUAUUCUAAUCUAUGAGCUCCUCCACCAGCCGAACCCGUUUGAGGUCAGCCCGAAACUGAAAGAACAGGACUACAGCUGUGAGGACCUGCCCCCCAUCCCUCCAGUCUCUCUCUACUCCGCUGGACUCCAGAGACUAACCCGGCUACUCCUCCAACCGGACCCCAUUAAACGCAUCCACAUUCAGGAGGCCAAGCGGGUGCUGCAGAGCCUGCUGUGGGGCCCCCGGAAAGACCUGAUGGAGCAACAGCAGUGGGGGGACAGACUGGGCCCCGGGGAAGGGCCCCGCCACGAGGGCCUCCUCAACUGGUUGGAUGUGAAGAGAGCUCUGCUGAUGAUGAAGUUCGCAGAGAGGUCUCUGGAGCCGGAGAGGAACGCAGAGUUAGAGGACUGGCUGUGUUGUCAGUACUUCAGCUCUGCUCAUCCUCUGUCCCUGUGUCAUACAGCUGAACUGCUCUACUCACUCAAGUGACUGACACACUGACCGGACAGACUGUCUGAAUCCCAAAUCAUUGGGAUUGGUGGUGACUGUGUUAGUGUGUAGAGACCAUGAACUGCCAUGGGUUUCCUCUGUAUCUGUCUCGGAGGAUACAGUGACACAAUGUGAACCUGUCUGUCUGCUCUCCACCCAUAUGCAUGAAAGUAACAAGGCAUCACUCACUUUCCUGUCCAUUCAGCUGUAUGUCUACAGACUGCUGUUGUUUUACUUUACUGUAUGGACUAAGACACAAACCCGCUGGUAAGGAACCGUCCCAAAAGCACAAGCAGGCCAGCGAUGGGCAGAACAGAACAGGAUAGUCUCUCUUGCCAGAAUCAGAGCGCUCUCUGUUCCACCCCAGACACAGCAGCUGUUAGAGCUAAGCAUGGAAUGGAGGAUUGAAGUAAUGCAGGAAGACCUACAUUUACUUACCUAUUUAGUAUUGAUGAACAACAGUCAGUAUACACACCUGCCAAGACGUUUCAAGUGUUAAUGUUUUGUGUUGUCCUUAUCAAUGGGACUACUUGCCCUUUCAAACAAGAGCUCUCGUCCUCAUUUAUCCAUGUCCAGCAACUCUUGACAAAUGUUUGAUUGUGCCUGUGCAGCUAGCUAAUUUUGAUUUGCUUUCACACAUUGGUUUUAUGUUACACACAGGCAUUGACACUGGCGUGUAUUGAAUUGUGCAUACACAUUCAUACCAGUGUGUUGAAAUUGAGUAAACUGGUUCCUGAAGGAUACCUUGUCUACAGCUCAGUUUAGAGUGAUUGGUGUUGUAUCUCUCCUUGUUAAUCCACGAGGAGGACAUGUAUUGGUUAGAAAGGUGGCCAUCUUGAAACCAAAGCUGUUUUGAUUGGCCUAGAUGGAAUGGUAACUAUGGAAAUGGUCUGACAUGAACCAAUCUAAAAAAGUGUACUGCCUAAUGCCACAAAAUACAGUAUGUAUAUCAUUAGUUAAGCGAUACUAAGACAGCCAGUACCACCACUGCUAUGGUCCCACUUACCCCAAUACUUACCUUUUUAAAGAGAUACUCCGGUACUUUUGCAUACUUUUAGCCAGUAGUUCAGAAAGUAGCACUCACGAGCCAAAAGUGGUCCCUGAAAAUGGCUUACUAUGUCACAUAUGUGCAGAUACAGUAUUUGCACCAUGUCAUUGCUCUAUCUCUGCUGUGUCCAUUGGGCCUGCCCUGCAACCUCAUUGGAUAAUGCUGGGCAAGCCUCUUGCUUGCUGUCACUUAAAUGCAAGAGUACUGAAACUCAUUGGCUAUAACUCAAAUUGCUAUGUGGGGGGAAAUGUGGGGGAAAAUGGCCCGGAACAGCUUCAAGAAAAGUAACUUUCAAACUAGGGAUUUCGUGGCUAAUUGAGUUAAAACAGUAAUUGUGUAUGAACUACGCACUGACACAAUCAGCCCAAAGCGGGAGGUUUAAAACAUACUUUCUUAGUUGCCAAAGUACCAGAGCAUGUCUUUAAUGUCAUCUAUAAUUGUUGUUUUUGAUAUUAUCAAUUGUUACAGUGCCUUUACUUCUCCAUAUACAUGUUAUGGUGACUGAGAACCUAAUUGUAAAUCUUAACCCCUAUGCCCCCUCUGCAAUUUGUGAAACUGGAAUUUCACAGAAUGGUCUGGAGACGGACAGAACUUGUACAUAAAGAGGUUGUAGAUCAAAUAGCGAGCCCCACCUCAAGCAGGUCUUAAUAAUUGCAAUGGAUAAGAUCCAUAGUGAAAAGUAUCUAUUAUAUCCAAUUGUUUUAACCCAUAGUAGUCACUGGAGGAAGGCCUUUCUGUUUUUCCUUGCAUCCUAAAUGGUGCCCUAUUCCAUUCGUAGUGCACUACUCCUUACCAGAGCCCUGUGUAGGGUAGUGCACUACUCUUGACCAGAGCCCUGUGUAGGGAAAAGGGUACCAUUUGGAACACACACACGCUUCAACUUCUUCUUGUUUCAUCAAGAAUUAAUCAUUGAUUAUGGCCUGGGGCUGCAGGCAAACAGUCCAAAUUCUGUUCUAUUCCACUGCUGUUAUCAUUAUGUGAAUAGAAAAGAUACUGGUCUUUGUGACCACUAACACAUUGAUUAAUGUGAGCCUCACCUGCAUUCAUCAAUAAAUUGUAAAUAUGUUUUCACA